AUGACGGGUCUUUUCCGCUUUGGAAUCGCGCUCUGUGUUGACGAUGGAAACAUCAGACGCUCGAGCGCGUGGUCAAAGUACAGGCUCGAAUGCGUUUUUGACAAGAUUGCGCGCGGUAAAGUUGUUGUAGUCACCAAUGGCCGAUAUGCGGGCAAGAAGGCGGUGAUUGUCAAAUGCAACGACGAAGGUACGAACGCUCGUCCGUACGGACACGCUUUGGUGUGCGGUUUGAGAACCGUACCGAGAAAGAUCACGAGAAAGAUGGACCAAAAGAAGCAAGACAAACGAUCUAGAUGCAAGACUUUCAUCAAGUACAUCAACUUGAACCACCUCAUGCCGACGCGGUACUCCUUAGAUGUUGACUUGAAGGGGGUUGUGACGCCGGAUGUCUUGGACGACGCGACCAAGAAAGUUGCGGCGCAAAAGGAGUCUAAAAAGUUGUUCGAGGAGAAGUUCAAGACUGGCAAAAACCGCUGGUUCUUCACGCGAUUGGCGUUCUAA